AUGGUUCACAACAAAGUAGUCAUCAUCGGCUCCGGCCCCGCCGCCCACACCGCCGCCAUCUAUCUCUCGCGCGCGGAACUCCAGCCCGUUCUCUAUGAGGGUAUGCUGGCCAACGGUACCGCCGCUGGCGGUCAGCUCACCACCACCACCGACAUCGAGAACUUCCCCGGUUUCCCUGACGGCAUCGGCGGUGGAGAGCUGAUGGACAACAUGCGCAAGCAGUCCAUUCGCUUCGGUACCGAGGUCAUCACCGAGACCAUCUCCCGCGUGGACCUCUCCCAGAGACCUUUCAAGCUGUGGACGGAAUGGAACGAUGGCCCAGACAACGAGCCCGCCCGCACCGCCGAUGCCGUCAUCAUCGCUACCGGUGCCAACGCCCGUCGUCUCAACCUCCCCGGUGAGGAGAAGUACUGGCAGAACGGCAUCAGUGCCUGCGCUGUGUGUGACGGCGCCGUGCCCAUCUUCCGCAACAAGCCUCUCUACGUCAUCGGCGGUGGUGAUUCCGCGGCCGAGGAGGCUAUGUUCCUGGCCAAGUACGGCAGCAGCGUCACCGUGCUGGUCCGUCGCGACAAGCUGCGCGCCAGCAAGGCUAUGGCCAGCCGUCUCCUGUCCCACCCCAAGGUCAACGUGCGCUUCAACACCGUCGCCGUCGAGGUCCUCGGGGAGCAGAAACCCAUGGGGCUCAUGACCCAUCUGCGGGUCAAGAACACCGUCACCGGCGAUGAGGAAACCGUCGAUGCCAACGGUCUUUUCUACGCCGUCGGCCACGACCCCGCUACUGGCCUCGUCAAGGGCCAGGUCGACCUCGACGAGGACGGCUACAUUCUCACCAAGCCCGGCACCAGCUACACCAGUCUGGAGGGUGUGUUCGCCUGCGGUGAUGUCCAAGACAAGCGUUAUCGCCAGGCCAUCACCAGUGCCGGUUCCGGCUGCAUGGCUGCGUUGGAUGCUGAAAAGUUCAUCGCCGAGCACGAGUCUCCCGAGGAGCCUGCUCCCGUCAUCGAAACCGAGAAGUCCAACACGGGCACCGAGUACAAGUCCAACCCUCUCCUGUAA